AGCGCGGCCAGUCAGCGUCAGAGGCGCUGCUCUCCGCCGCGCGAUCACCUGCUGAGCAUCAGGUGGCAGCCUGUCUUUCGGUUACACAUCCCCCCAAUCUUGAUUCCCCAGCUGCUACCUACCUUCUAGUCCUUCGUUUUGGUCGGACCAACCGGCGUCGUGGAGAUUUCUUUGAGCAACACAUUCAUCCGAUCGGCGAGCGCCUCAAUUGAGCCUGACGACGUUUACUCCGGGUACCGCUGACCGCAGUGUACCUAUCCCCCGCAUCGGGUGUCAUCUCUGGGUCCCGCGAAUCGUUGGACAUCAAGGGCAGAACAAGGGUGAACCGAACGCCCCGGUCUAUUGGGACGCAAUACCUCUAUCCAGCACGGCCUUUUGGCUCGUCAUACGCGAUCGUGGAACUGCCAUCUCGUUUACGUUGAACAACCUGUCCUAGUCUCAACACCUAGUGACGUUCUGGGCGCCGGAGGCAAGAAACCCGUGAUGUUUCGCGCACAGCAAAACGCCUUUGACGAUGCAGUCGCCAAGGCGACCGACGAGAACCUGACAUCCGAGAACUGGGAAUACAUUCUGGAUGUUUGUGAUAAAGUCGGAGCGGAGGAGUCAGGAGCGAAAGAUGCCGUUGCCGCUAUGAUUAAGAGACUCGCGCACAGAAACGCCAAUGUGCAGCUAUACACCUUGGAGUUGGCGAACGCUCUGGCUCAGAACUGCGGUCCAAAAAUACAUCGCGAGUUGGCAUCUAGAAGUUUCACUGAUGCUCUUCUACGUCUAGCGAAUGACCGAAACACCCACCAGCAGGUCAAGUCAAAGAUCUUAGAACGCAUGCAGGAGUGGACGGAAAUGUUCGCCAGCAACCCAGACUUUGGAAUAAUGGAGCAAGCAUACAUGAAGCUGAAGACCCAGAACCCGAAUUUGCAGCCCCCGUCGAAGCCUGGGAAGAGAGAAAUCACCGACUCGGAUCGUCAGAAGGAAGAGGAGGAACUGCAGAUGGCUCUCGCGCUUUCAAUAAGAGAAAAGCCUACUGUGGCUCCUGCACCCCAGCCUGAAGCCAGCUCGAGCGCUGCCCCAGUCAACCAAGCACCUGCUGCCGCCUCACAACCAGUGCCAUCCGGUACUUCUGCAGCCACGGUGUCGCGGGUGAGAGCACUAUUCGACUUUCAGCCUUCGGAACCUGGUGAAUUGCAAUUCCGCAAGGGCGAUGUCAUUGCUGUGCUAGAGUCGGUUUAUAAGGAUUGGUGGAAGGGCUCGCUGAGAGGCCAGACCGGUAUAUUUCCCCUCAACUACGUUGAGAAGCUCCCCGAUCCAACGGUGGAGGAGUUGCAGCGGGAAGCUCAGAUGGAGGCCGAUGUCUUUGGUCAGAUCAAGAAUGUCGAGAAGUUGUUGACUCUUCUCAGCACUCGUAGCUCUGAGCUCAAUGUGCAGGACAAUGAAGAGAUCACGGCGUUGUAUCAUUCAACAUUGGCCAUUCGACCCAAGCUGAUCGAGCUCAUUGGAAAGUAUUCGCAGAAGAAGGACGAGUUCACGCAGCUCAAUGAGAAGUUUAUCAAGGCCCGUAGAGACUACGAGUCUCUCCUGGAAGCGUCCAUGUCCCACCCAGCACAGCCUCAGUAUGGCCGACCGGCUCAACCUCCAUACGGCUAUCCUGGGGCUGCUGCUCCCGUGGGAUAUCCCCCAGGCCCGCCACAGGCUGAUCCUCAACGAUAUUUCAGCCCUCGUCCUCAAGAAACACAACCGCCUCAGCCCAAUGCGUCCGCAUACUAUGGUGCGGAACAAGCACACGCGUAUCCUCCAACCUCACAAUCGCCCGAUCCCCGUCGCACGCCCCCUGCUGGCGCACCAUAUCAGCAACAGCAACGUCAAUCUUCCUCCGAGUCCUACCAGCCAGUUUAUCAUCGUCCCGAGUCUACCUAUGAAAACCCGCAAGAAUUAGGCACGUCGAUUUACGAUCCCCCCGUGGAGCAUCCUUCCGCAAGCCAGCGCCCUCAGUACCCUGGUCAAGUGCACGUCCCGGCCGCCGUUCAGCAGCAUUUCCAGCAUCAGCAUCAGCAGCCGCAACAGCAACCGGACUAUCCAGCUUCUGCUUACGCUCCUGAAGACGCCUCUCGACCUCCCGCUGGCGCCAGUUCGCAGCCGCCAUACCCCUCGCAGCAAGCACCACCGAUGCAUCAACCCCCGCCGGUUCCGGGCACCUCCACAACCCCCACCCCGUAUCCUGCUCUGAACGCCGCCGGCGGAAGUUAUCAGGCGUAUAACCCAUCGCAAACUGAUGUAUCCAACCCAGCUUCGUUCUACCGGUGAACUUGGGGUUUUGGCCGGCUUCAUCUCCUCGUUGCAGGCUUCUGUUACCGAGCCCGGGCCUGUGGGCUAGAUACUGGGUCAGGGGUCUGUGUUAUACUAGCGUGCCGUUUAUGUUGAUAGUUGCCCCGGUACCAUACCAAGAUCGGUUCUAUUUCCGGCGAGAGGAACGUGCAUGUGACUUUAAUGGUAAUGUAGCAAUCCAUCUAGUUCAGUCUCCAUCGAUCACCAUAUAGCGCGG